UCAAAUCGUUUAGGGCCAGUUGAGUAGUUUAACGAUUUUUGAAUUACACCUGAACACCAGGUACGUAAAAAAAUAAAACAAAACAAAAACACUUCCUCUUCCUCCUUUCCCCCGAAAAACCCUUAAACCACGACCUUCAUAUUUGCAGUGCUAGUCUGUUUAUUUCUUCAGCUAUGUUUUUGUCAAGAACACUUGGACGAACACUCUUUGCUGCUGCUGCCAGAUCAAAACAAUAUGCCACUACAGCAGCUGCUGCUAGCAGAGAAGGACACAACCCCCUUCAGGAGUUUUUUGAGGCAGACAGGAGCCCUGAAGAUGACAAACCUGUUGUUUAUGGUCGGAGUUGGAAGGCGUGUGAACUGCGUCUGAAGUCUUGGGAUGACCUUCAUAAGUUGUGGUAUGUGUUGUUAAAGGAAAAGAACAUGUUGAUGACUCAACGUCAAAUGCUUAAUGCACAGAACCUGCGUUUUCCUAACCCAGAGCGCAUCCCUAAGGUGAGGAAGUCAAUGUGUCGCAUCAAGCAUGUACUUACUGAGAGAGCAAUUGAAGAACCAGAUCCGAGGAGGUCUGCUGAGAUGAAGAGAAUGAUAAAUGCUCUUUGAUGACUUAAAAUGGACCUGUUCCUUUAGUAGCAUUACUGGGUAUGUUGUUAGAAUAGGACCUCUACAUUUGCGGAUGUAAGGUUGCUAACUUGAAGCAUUGUCCAAAUAUAUUGUUUACGAAGGAGUUUACCUGUGAAUGAUUUCUAUUUCUUGAUAAAGUGUUAAGUGGGUUACAUCCCAAAUAUUUUGCUGUCCUAAUUUCUAUUUCCUACUUUUAGAUGUAUCAAGCAAACAAGUGUUAUCAUAUUAUCGUGUUAGAGGUUAUGCAAAAUGUUAGGGAGUAAGGGUUGUUCCUGCUUUCAUGUAAUAAAAAUGUUUUUCCCUCUGUUACUUUAAAGGGCAACCUUUGAAAAA